AUGGCACAGUGGAACGUAUCACAGGACGACAAAACUCUUUUUCGGGACCUCGUAGCCGGAUCAAAAGAAAAGAUAACUCCAGAAAUCUCAAAAUCGUGCAAAGAAUUCACGAAAAAAGAUGUUGUCAGCUACAAAGACUUGAUCAAUAUUAAAACAAAACUCCCUGAUGAUGUCCCAGUUUUUGUCUUCUUCGAUCGCCUAGUUCUUCGACAUGAAGAUCACACAUAUCGUGCGUCAGAAGCAUUCAGAAAAAGAACAGAUCAACUUAGAAUCCAACAAGAGCAAGAUUCUUACAAGAAACUCAUCCGAGACAUUGAUCCAGAUCAGAAAUACGGAAGAACAGAUCAUAUGGAGAAUUUCGGAACCGAAAUGCGUGCAGUAAAUCGUCAAAUGAUUUCUGUUAUAAACGUUGUGAUAACAGUGGUCGGUGCAUUCUUUUUCGGAUUCUCUGGUGUCACAUACGCAUAUCCUCAUAUGAAAUUAGACCUUCCUACACGGUUUAUCAUUGGUUUGGUACCUGCGACGAUUGUUUUCUUCUGUGAUCUCUACUUCGUUAUCAAAGGAAUGGAUAUGGAUGAAACUGCAGAAACACAACCAAAAGAGAAAGGUGCAGCAUUCAGUUUCAAAAAUAUGGAAGCAAAGAAAAACGAUUGA